GAUUUCAAGUACUCUCCAUUCCCAGUGCCUUUAGCUGCAGAUCACCGGACUGAGGGUAGCAAUAGGCGGCGGCACGAUUAGCAUAAAUGGUUCACGUAUCCUUUUAUCGAAACUAUGGGAAGACUUUUAAGAAGCCCCGUCGUCCCUAUGAGAAGGAACGACUGGAUGCUGAGUUGAAGUUGGUUGGAGAGUAUGGCCUGAGGUGCAAGAGGGAACUUUGGAGGGUUCAAUAUGCUUUGAGCCGAAUCAGAAAUGCUGCAAGAAAUCUUCUUACUUUGGAUGAGAAGGAUCCGCGUCGUAUUUUCGAGGGUGAAGCCCUUCUGAGGAGGAUGAACAGAUAUGGACUGCUGGAUGAGAGUCAAAACAAGCUCGAUUAUGUCUUGGCUCUCACGGUGGAAAACUUCCUUGAGCGCCGCCUCCAAACACUUGUGUUUAAGGCGGGUAUGGCUAAGUCAAUUCACCAUGCUAGAGUGCUUAUUAGACAAAGGCAUAUCAGGGUUGGGCGACAAGUUGUCAAUGUACCAUCUUUCAUGGUGAGGGUAGAUUCCCAGAAACACAUUGAUUUCUCUCUUACAAGUCCUUUUGGUGGUGGUCGUCCUGGUAGAGUGAAGAGAAAGAACCAGAAGGCUGCUGCAAAGAAGGCUUCUGGUGGUGAUGGAGACGAGGAGGAUGAAGAGUAAGCCUAGCAACCCAGGGAUUUUGUCUUAUGCUCUCAUGUACUGUCGUUGUCGAACUCUUUAUGUUUUUUGUCUAGAUAUUUAAAUUUGAAAAUUCUAAGCUUCAUGGUCUUUUUGAUUCUUAACAUUUUCAAGUUAUUGUUAUUUGUAAUUGAAUUUUUGGCAGCUCGUUACAUUAUAUGUUUUCUUAAUUUAGUUUUGGAGAGUUGCAAUGCUUAGAGGGACACUUUGGGUA